AUGCCAGCCUCAACACGCGCCAGCACCGGCAACAGCAAGCCGCGCAUCGUGCAGCAGAUCGAGAACGCUGUUACACCAAAGAAGCGCACAACCACCACAGCCAACACUUCGAAGCCUCGCACGACUGGGGGCCGCGUCGCAAAGCCCAAGGUCACGGCUACCACCACUCGACCAAAGACUAAGGUCGUGAAGAAGAGGCGCACACCAACUGAAAAGGCCAAGGAUAAGGUUGUGGGCACUGUGGAGAAGCUUGUGGGUGAGGUUGAGGGGAAGCCAGGCAAGAAGGCUGCGGGGACGAGGAAGGCCAACGGCACGGGUGCUGGUGCGACGAGGAGACGUGUGUAG